AUGACGAGCACACCCCUUCUCAAUGCCCCUUCGCUACCCCACGCCGAGCCGACACAGGGAGCGACGGUGGAGGACUUACUCCAUCUCCUGCACGACAGAAAUCGCGCUCUUGCCCUUGAAAAUGAGCAGCUUCUCGCACAAUAUGAAGAAUUGGAGAACUUUAUCAACUAUAAAGAGGCCAUCAUUGCCUGGCAGCAGCGUCUCAUCUGCUUAGGAGGGGAACAUGUCAAAUUGCUAGAGACGGUUGUUCGUGGACAAUCCGCAGAGACGUUGCAGCCUACGAAACUACCGUCGCAGGAAGUCCGACCCGAGUUCCGCCCCAGGGGCCGGCGGAUGCUGUCUGAGUAUCAGCCUGAAUCGGAGGAUGCUGCCUAUUCGUUGUAUUAUUAG